AUGGACAACCAAGAUGUUCUUGAAGAAUUACAAAGAGCUAGGAAUCUUGUUGUCAGCCUUGCUAAGGAGAUUGAUGUUAAAAAUGGAAAAUUGUUAGAAAUGGAAUUCAAGUUGGAUGAAGUUUCUGAAGCUCUUAGUAAAAUGAAGGCAGAACAAACAAGGCUACAUCAAGAAUAUAUUGAAGAAAAGAGGAAGAGCAAGUUGGCUAGCCAAAAUAGUGAAAAGCUGCAUCAGGAAUUCGAGUCUUUGAGGAAUGAGCUUGAGAUGACAGUUGAAAGAUUGGAUAAGCAAGAGGCUCAACAUGACCAAGAACUAAAAAAUCUAAUGCUUCGAGAGGAUAAGUUGAAAGCACAAAGCUCUAUGAACAGUGUCUAUGCACUGAUUGUUCAGCUUGAUGAUUUGAAAAAAGAGUUGGAUGAAAAGGUGGAUGAAUUGCAAUGUUUGGAUAACUUAAACCAAGCUCUUAUACUUAAAGAGCAUAUGAGUAACCUUGAGCUGCAGCAUGCUCGCACAGAAUUGAUAACUCAUGUUACUGGAAUAUCGGGUUUGCAGGACUUUUGGAGUUCUCAAACCAAGAUUGAAAUUAAAAGGAUGGGAGAGGUUGAUCCCCGACCUUUUAAAGAUGCAUGCAUGAAGAAGUUCUCUGGAGAUUGGGAGCUGAAUUCCACUGAAUUAUGCUCGUUAUGGCAGAGCCUUGUUACAAAUCCAGAGUGGUAUCCUUUCAAGAGGGAGCUAAUAGAUGGGAAGUAUCAGGUGUUUUUUCUUUGCCUAAGAGAUUCAUAUACCUUUAGGGACUUAAUUGUCGCUGCAGCCUGCAUGGAUUUUAUGAACUCUGAAUUCCCAUCAAUCAUCUUCAAGCAUAUGAACACAAGUCCUGUUAUAAAUGAUGCAUUAAUUAGCAACUGUGAAGAUAUUAUGUUGAAGGAAUCGAGAAGUGAGUGUGGUGAUGUGGUUUGCAAGGCUGUAUCUAAUGCGUUGCUGGAAAUGAAUGAGUACAAUGGAAGUGGGAGAUACAUAGUUCUCGAGCUUUGGAACUUCAAAGAGGGAAGAAAAGCCAGCCUGAAAGAGGGAGUUGAGUGCAUCCUCCAGGAAUGAAAGACCCAAAAAUCUCAUAA